GUUAUUUUUUUGUUCUUUUGUAGAGUAUUGAUACGAAGGGAGUCCCAUAAUGAUCCUGUCUUAGUGGAUGCAGAUGCCUUGAGUGAGCUGAUCAGCCUUGAACGCUUGUACGUUGAUGAUUACAGACUGUGCUGUGAGUUUAUUUCCAGCUUGCGUUCGUUCAAUAUCAACCAGUGCCAGACGAUCGAGUUGCAGCCUCCCUUAAGUCUAUGCGGCAGUCUCAUGCAGAACAACUUCCUUCGUGUAUCCAUGUGGAUUCUUGGACUGAGCGCCCUCAUCGGCAAUGCGGUAGUCAUCAUCAUAAGAUCAAUGGAUACCGAGGAUCACGCCAAAUCCGGCAACCAUUCGAAGAAAGUUAUUCAUUCCAUCAUGGUUCUCAAUUUGGCGAUUUCAGACUUCAUGAUGGGCGUCUAUAUGCUGAUAAUCGCUGGUGCAGAUCUUUAUUAUGGAGAGAAAUACUCACAAGUGGCCAAGGAAUGGCGGUCGACAGGACUGUGUAAAGUAGCUGGCGUCUUGUCGGUCAUGUCGAGCGAAGCGUCGGUGUUUAUCGUAACCUUAAUAAGUGUCGACUGCUUUGUGAGCUGCGUGUACCCUUUUACCUCACGAAAGCUGAGCAGAACAUCUACAAACGUUCUAAUUAUCUUGAUUUGGCUGGCGUCUCUUGGUCUAAGUGUCGGACCCACGGUCUGGGGUAGUGGCUUGGACUCUGAUAUCUACGGGUUGUCCGAUGUGUGCAUAGGGCUACCACUCCUCACCAAACCAACUGACAUUGAGGGCGCUAUUGGUCAUGUGGUCGGGAACCAGACUAUUUUGACUCCAGUCGCAACAGGGGAGAAACCAGCCUGGAUUUUCUCGAUCAUCCUAUUCCUCGGGGUGAACCUGGCUUGCUUCGUAGUGGUCUUGGUCUGCUACAUCGCGAUCUUCGUCAAAGUAAAGCGUACCGCGAACAAGGUCCGCAUGGCCGCGCAUCGGGAUCGAGAAAUCAAAAUGGCCGUAAAAAUGGCGCUGAUAGUUGGUACGGACUUUGCGUGUUGGAUGCCUAUAAUCGUUAUGGGGAUACUAUCACAGACUGGGGCGGUAGAUAUUAGUCCAGACAUCUACGCUUGGACUGUCGUCUUUAUCCUCCCGAUCAACUCGUCUCUAAACCCGUACCUCUACACGCUUUUUACGUAUAUAACGGAGCAACGGUCGAAGAGCAAGAAUCAAGCAGCCUUGCCAACAAAUUUGAAAAAAUUGGACACUUUGAGCUUAAAUAUUUCACACAAGACACAAGGACCUUCUCAAGUUAAAUAGUCGACUCAAUCCUGCAUAAGGUUGAGCAGUAGUGUUCAUCUACAUAACACUAGUGAGUGUCAUGGCCGAAGUUUAGUGCGCCGGACUCAAGUUCUGAUUCUAUUUUGAUAGAGCUACCUAACCCGUAGUGCGUUACAGUGGCAGUUAGCAAGUUCCUAAUAAAUUAAGCAUUGUAUUAAUCUCCGCUAACGAGUUUAGUUAAAAUUGAUUUGUUUUCCCGACGAAAGAGAAUACGCAAAAAAGGCCUAAAAUUUGCAGGUUUAGCGCAAGGUCGUUUACCGGCUGGAUUUUUGUACAGUCCGCUGUCUCAAAGGAUUUCCUUGUUGACUCACACAUGGACGAGCCUUAGUUUGUCGGCUUUGAAUGGUGUUAACAAACAAGAUUAUUGUUUGACACACCUGGGCCCAAUUUCAUAGAGCUGCUUAGCACAAAAAUUUGCUACGCAUGAAAUUUCU